ACUCGCAUGCACUCUGAUCACGACUCUUCUCUAUAAACUGAUAGUAUUCUCUUGCCUUUUUGUCCUUCUCUCUCUCUCUCCCCCCUUGAAUUUCUGGUUAAUUAUUUGGGACUAAAUAAAGAGAUCAGUUUAAAGGGUGGUUAUGAAAUGGGGAAUAAGAUGGUGAUGAUUAGUUUUGUUGUUGUGGGAAGCUUAUUAAUGGCAGCAAUGGCAGAUGUAGACUUGAGCAGAGAUUUAGAAAUAACAUGGGGUGAUGGUCGGGCCAGGAUGGUUGGGAACAAUAAUAAUGAUAAUGAUGGGCACAUUCUGAAGCUGUCUCUUGACAGAGAUUCUGGCUCUGGUUUUCGAUCCAGAAACCAGUACCUGUUCGGGAAGAUAGACGUUCAGAUCAAGCUUGUCCCUGGUAACUCUGCUGGUACUGUAACUGCCUACUAUCUAUCUUCGCUGGGUUUAACUCAUGACGAAAUAGACUUUGAAUUUCUGGGUAACCUCAGUGGGGAGCCUUAUAUUGUUCAUACAAACAUAUACUCACAAGGCAAAGGCGACAGAGAACAACAAUUCUAUUUGUGGUUCGACCCCACCAAGAAUUUCCACACUUACUCCAUUCUUUGGAAUCCACACAACAUCAUAUUGUACGUGGAUGGGACGCCAAUAAGAGUGUUCAAGAACAUGGAAUCAAGAAGGAUUCCAUACCCAAAGAGCCAGGCGAUGAGGGUAUACUCGAGCAUUUGGAACGCUGAUCAAUGGGCCACAAGGGGUGGUGCAGUGAAGACUGAUUGGACUCAAGCUCCGUUUGUUGCUUCGUACAGAAACUUCAAUGCUCUUCAUGCUUGUAUUUCCACUAAUUCUUCGUCUUCUUCUUCUUCUUGUUCUUCGCACCAGCAGCAACCAUGGAUGAAACAUUCACUCAACGCCUCUGGGGAAGCCAUGAUCAAUUGGGUUCAGAAAAACUUCAUGAUUUACAAUUACUGCACUGAUACCCAGAGAUUCCCACGUGGCUUCCCUCCUGAGUGUUCAUCGCCUUGAAUCAAUAUGCCCGAUCCGUCCUCGCUUUUGGCCCCCUGCAACAUAUCCGCAUAAGCUUAUUUUCUUCUGUCGUGGGUAAAUGAUGAUGAUCAUUUUUGCAUUUUUAUUCAAACUGCAAUUCGUCAAACUCCGAAAAUAGUAAAUUGGAUAGUUUGUUUAAUUUGCAGUUAAUUAUGCAGUCCAGUCUGUAGAAAUGCAUGCAAGUGGGAAAUAAUUGGAGGUCGUUAUGCUGUUCUUAUUCAAAAGGAUAGACAUUUCAAAAAGAUGAAUAAAAUAAAAUAAAAUAAAAAUUAUGUUCAAA